AUGUCUUCUCAUGGAGGUAUUACCGAUGAGCUUCUCUGUAAGCUAGCUGAACACAUCGAGACAGGUGAACAGAUGGAGGCCUUGGCACGAACGCUAGGAUUCAACACUGCAGCCAUCAAUAGAUACAUAGAAACUAGCAGACUGGAAGGACGGGUCACGUGUAAGGGAACACGUGACAUGAUGUUUGAUUGGAGACAGAGGGUGGAUCUAUCCAAUCAGCAUCCUAGGCUGAAACAAGCUCUCAUUGAUGCUAGACUAAUCAUGCUUGCUGAAACUUAUCUCAAUGACACAUUAACAACCCAAGAUAUAUACAGUGAGAAGAUUUCGGAAUCUCUGACUGUUCGAAAAUGUCGCACAAUCUUGGAGGACAAAUAUUCGAAUCAGCUAUGUAAAAUUCAAAUGAAACCUUGGGAUAAAGACGAUUAUGCAGAGUUUGAAGAUAUGCACACCGUUGUUACCAUAGUAAAAAAGGAUGCUCGUGGGAGAGAUAUUACGGAAAAACAAAUACUUCAAGGCUCUGUUGGGAAAAUAUUUUCAGCCAAAGUAAAUGGAAAGUUUCCAUCUCGAAUCCUUAUUUCGGCUCCGGCUGGACGAGGAAAGACGACAGCUGUUGCUAAGAUGGCACACAACUGGGUUCACAGAGAGGAAGGGUCAGGAUUAGAAGACUUGCCACUUCUGUUCGUAGUCAAGUUUCGAAACACAAGCCACAGUACAUCGAUUGGAGAAGCCAUCAUAUCGCAACUCCUGAGUGAUGUUGAUGAUCUGACGCCAGAGGGCCUAGAGAGUUUCAUCAGGGAGCAUCAGGGAAUCUGUCACAUUGUACUAGAUGGGCUCGAUGAGUAUGCUGGUAUCUCUUCCUCGAGUAACAUCAUGAGGAUUCUCCGCUGGGAAAUGUUUCAACAAUGUCGAGUUCUUGUAACAACUCGACCUCACCUAGAAGACGUUUUCAGUAAAGAAGAUCUACCAAGGGUGUACACAAAGAUGGAAAUCGAAGGUUUCUCAAGAGAGAGCACACGCGAUUACAUUGACAUGUUCUUUACUUCAGUUCAGAAACCUAUGAAAGCAAAUGGUCUGAAAUGUUACCUCGCUGAACAUCCACUUAUUGAGGAACUAGUCAAAACACCCCUAUUUUGCCUCAUGGUUUGUCACCUAUGGUCUGAAGAUCUACUCCACCGUGAGAUUUCAACCCAGACAGCAAUACUCGACAAAGUAAACGUUUUUUUAAUGCACCACGCAAAUGAACGAACUGAUGGAUUAUUCAUGCCUGAAACUCUAGACGCAAUAAUCCACAAACUGGGUAAAGUUGCUCUUACUGGUCUGCUUAAUGAUUCUAAGAAGCUAGUAUUUACCCCUCGUGAUUUUCAGAAGAUUCCCUCUGCCCUUGAUAUGGCUUGUGAGCUAGGAAUAGUGUCUAAGACAACUGUAUCAACUGCUCGCCUUUCUCGAACUAACAAAACAAACUCUACUACUAUAGAAUUUUAUCACAAACUUGCCCAAGAACACGCAGCUGGAAAGUUCCUCGCUGAUAAAACAAGCCAUUUGCAGCUGAAGUUGAAGAUCUCUCAGUUAGACCGAGUGCUGCGAAAGAUUAAAAGAAACAUUGGUGAAUAUGAAAAUCUUAUUCGUUUUGCUGCUGGUUCAAAGAACAGCCUCUGUAUUCGAAUAAUGGAGACGCUUCUGACAAAUAAAUAUUUAUCUGAGAGUGAGCGUUAUCGUAUUCUCCUAGAUUGCUCGUCCGAGUCAGGGGUUAGCGAUGGGAAUGUGUCAUUACUGGUGCAAAGGUGUGUGACGUCACAAAGUAUUCUUUUGAGGUCACCAACAAUCUACACUGCUGUUGGGAUGCAAAAUCUUCCAAGUGAGCUGAAACAGAAGGUUCUUAGUGUGAAAUUCGAGAAUUCUGUUCUGACAACCGUUGUGACAGAGGGACUAUGGAGAUGCCUUAAAUCAUUUACGAUGUUAAGUUCUCUCACCAUCUCAGACUCAUCUAUCGAUUUCCCUCCAUCUCCUACUGAGCUACCAUCCAUCAGAAGUCUAUCAGUUGAGGGAGUGACGUCACAGUGCUAUAAAGGUCUGAUCUCAACGCUCCCUGGUUUGACAGACAUGAUAUAUAUCGAUGUAACUAUCGAUGAUUCAGAGGAGGACAUAGCCCAUAUCGUAUCUGUUCUCCUUCGGACAGGGGGACAGAAGCUCGAACGAAUAAUUAUUCGUGACACUCCGUCAUCAUUCCCGUCACGGAAGAGACCUUUGUGGAGUGAGACAGAGGGAGGACUGAGGCUGCUAUUCGACAAAUCUGAUUAUUCGGACACUGCCACGAACAUGCUCAUAUUGCAAAGCGCUAGACAUAUGGAAAAGAAAGGUCAUGUUGAAGUCUUAGAGUCGUUUGCAUUUUUGGCACAAUUGGCUCGACUUAAACUAGAAUUCCGUGAUGGUGGGUCUUUCAACUUCGAAAGGACGUUUGGGGUAAAGGUGAGCAUUGAUUGUUUCGAAGUGUUUUGAUAUGUUUAAUGUGCUUAGCAUUACCACUAAACGAUCAUUGAAAGCAAUCGAACGUAUGAUCCCAUCAUUAGGAAAAGUGUUUAAACGCAAUUAUUAGCCCCCUGUUCGCAUGCAGGUUCUUAUUCUAAAGUACUAUAUUUUUAAAUACGAUAACUAAAGGGGAAGUUUACCCUGAAGAAGAAAAUGUUAUAACUGGCGCAUUAAUGAUGUGGAGCUCAUCCGGGAUCUCGCAACAAAAUUUUAAUUUCAGCCUAUUUGACACUGUAGUGAAUUACAUUGGUGACAUAAAUUGAGGAUAUAGAAUUGAAAUUGAUAAAAAAAAAUGACAUAGAAGCAUUUUUUUGUGUGAUCUAUGAUUAAAGUUUAUGUAAAUUAAGCAUAAAUAAUUUUCUAGUCAAGAUUCCUAAACUCUGUAGAACCUUGGUGAACCUCAUGUAGCUCUCAGAUGGAACAAAAAUAAUCAAAAUCAAUCAACAAAAAAAUAAGUAUUUUUGCGAGUUUUGAAAAUAUAUGAAUAAAUUAGCAUAUUUAAUGAGUUUCGAAAUUCUGUGUCGAAAUGUUGUAUCUACACCUCGAGCUAUCAUAUAAAGCAAACAAAAUUGAAAUUGAUCAAUAAAUGAAAAAAAAAACGCUUUUUGUGAUUUACGAAUAAACUGCAGAAAUUAGCAUAAAUUCCUACGAUAUCGCGAUCGCGAAACAUUUCUACGAACAGCGUCAUCGAAAGGGAAAUCGCAUAAAGUCAACGAUUCUCGUAUCUUCGUAAGCGACGACGUCCAUCCAUCGACUCGUAAGGAACAUCAGAUCUUGAUGAAGAAAGUUCGCGAGCUUCGCGCUGCAGGAAACUUCGCCUUUAUUCCGUGGUCAGUUCCCCGUGUCAUC